AUGAUAGUUCGUAUAUCGUUUUUAUAUUUCGUGCAAUCCGCAACAAAACUUGCUUCUGACCAGACAAUGUGGGGAAGUACAGCUCGUACAAUAGCUUUAAAGGUAAAGGAUUUAGAAUUCGUCAGUGAAAAAGCAGAACACUGCGCUGAUAAUAUCAGAGUAGUAAACAAGAUGAAGUUAAUUCACUUGGUGCUGCUUUUCGGAUUCGUUGCCGUUCUAUGCGCAGAGCAAAAAAUAAAAGUUCAAGAAGAUGCUGUUGAUGAUACUUCCGAAUUUGACCCUUCAGAAGACGAAGAAAAAGAGGAUUUCACCGAAGGGAAUGACCAUGAUGAAGUCGAAGACAGUGACCCAGAAGAAAUAAACGAUGAAGACGAAGAAGGAAAUGAUAUUGAAAAGAGCGACAGCGCUGUCGAAGAAAAAGAUGGCGAGGAACAAGAUCCCGCGGCCUGGUUUUCACGCCGCCGACGAAGAAGAUCUUCUCGCCGACGAAGAUCUUCCCGCCGACGAAGAUAUUCUCGCCGACGUAGAUAAUAUGGCCGACGAAGAAGAUCUUCCCGCCGACGACGACGAUUUUAUUAUCCACGACGAAUCAUCAGGAGCCCAUUUCCAGGAAAAUAAACACAAACAUUUCUUUUGAUUAUAUUUUACCAAUAGGGUUUUAGCUUUUGUUAUUGUUAUGUUCCUAUAACCGAACAAACAGAUACAGCUAAA